AUGGCGGAUGUCUACGAGAGCGUGCUCGCGCUGUCGAAGUCGGGCACAGUCCCGCCGGACUUCGUGCGUUCGGCGCAAGACCAGCCUGGCCCCAACGCGUUCCGCGGGGACUCUGCGCCGCCGGAGGCCCCGCUGCCGGUGAUUGACAUGUCAAGGCCGGAGUGCGGCGCGCUCAUGGCGGACGCGGCCACGGAGUGGGGGCUCUUCCAGGUGGUCAACCAUGGCGUGCCCGCCGCGGUGGUGUCGGAGCUGCAGCGGGUGGGGCGUAGCUUCUUCGCGUUGCCGCGGGAGGAGAAGGAGCAGCACUGCACGGGGUCCGGGUCCUCCGUGUACCUCGCUACCGGAAGCAUCGAAGGCUACGGCGUCGGCAUCACGGGUCCGAGAGGGUCAUCUAGGGAUUUGGAGGGCAAGAAGAACUGGGAGGACUACUUGUUCCACUACGUGGCGCCGCCCACCGUCGUCAACCACGACAUCUGGCCCAAGAACCCCGCCGGCUACAGGGAGGCCAACGAGGAGUACUGCAGGCACAUACAGCGGCUGACGCGCGAGCUGUUCGGGCACCUCUCGCUGGGCCUCGGCUUGGAGAAGAACGCCAUGAGUGAGGCCUUCGGUGGAGACCAACUGGUGCUGCUGCAGAAGAUUAGCUACUACCCGCCAUGCCCGCAGCCGGAGGUCACCCUCGGCAUUGCGCCGCACACCGACAUGUGCGCGGUCACCGUCCUGCUGCCCAACGACGUCGAGGGGCUCCAGAUCUUCAAGGACGGCCGCUGGCACGACGUCAAGCACGUGCCCGAGGCACUCAUAAUCUUCAUGGGCGAUCAGAUCGAGAUUUUGAGCAACGGGAGGUACAAGGCCGCGAAGCACCGUGUGACGGUGAACAAGGAGAAGACCCGGAUGUCGUGGCCGACGUUCGUGGAGCCGCCGGGGGAGCUCGUCGUCGGGCCGCACCAGCAGCUCGCCGCCGCCGACAGCCCAGCCAAGUACAAGCCUAAGAAGUACAAGGACUACCAGUUCUGCAAGAGCAACAUGCUUCCGCAGUAG